CAAGACGAAUUCGUCAUGGCACAGUUCUUGUUUGCCGACAUCGAGACAUCGUGCGAACCGUCCCUGCCGCCCGACCUCGCCAACAUGCACCGCGUUGUGCUCCAAGGGCGCUAUUUUUUGCAGAUAGUGGACAUAUCAAAUGUUGCUGCAGGGCACGAACAGCGGCAAGAGGACUCGCCGAACCGCAUGCUGAAGCUAUGUCUGACGGAUGGAGCGUCGUUGGCCUAUGCGAUCGAACACAAGCCCAUUCGCCAGCUGAGCGCCAAGACUCCGCGCGGCACAAAGAUCGUCAUCGAGAACGUUGCAGUGCGACAUGGCCUCCUCAUGCUCACGUCGGCAGUAGUGCUUGGCGCGAGUGGAAACGAUGCUUUAGAAGGUACCCCAUCGGCGACGUCUCUAUUGCCGAGCGAACACGACAGAGCAGCGGCACCCCCGUUGCCACCUCCUCCUCCAUCAGCUGCAGCAGCCAUCGUCAACCCUCUUCCUCCCGUCACCAUGCCAACUCCCACCCCUGACAAGCCGUGGGACGCCGAUCUUUCGGACGAAGAGCGGUCGACCGACCCAUCGAUCCGCCACUUGUUCUACGAGCCACCACGCCUUGCCACGUCGUCUGCCCGACCCCGCGCAACGUCCAGCGCGCCAUCUUCGACGUCGUCGCUGAAAGCCGCAGCGGAUCCGAUGACUCCGUUUACGUACCUCUCCACCGUCAACGUGGCAAGCGCAUCUCGUGUCAUCGUCAAGGGCUUUGUCAAGUCGGUCGUGUCCUUCCAGUUCCAAACGGGGGUGUACCAGCUCAAAGUGUACGUCGAAGAUGCGACGCGGGCCGUCUUGGUCGAUGUCGAUCCCGUGGUAAUCGUCCUCCCGAUCGACACCGUUGACGACGUCCUGCGCCAGUUUGUCCAACAGCUCAUGGGCGUGCCGUGCGCGACAUUUGUCCACGCCAUGCAGGCCAACACCCCACAAGGCAUGCAAUGGGUUGCGACCAUGCAGCACAAAUUGUCUGUGCUGGAAGGACGGCUGACCAUUGAUUUCACGUCGGCGGCGUGCCAGCCCACCCUUGUAUCGAGUGAAGAUGCAACGAUCGCAACGACACAGGCGCUUCUAGCUCGGCUACAAGCAACGGCCUAAGUGAGUCUCGGUGGCUUUGGAAAAAGACGCGUGCAACAUGUGUCGCUAGUUGGCACGCUUAUCUUCGACAGCGGGCGAUGGGGUGCGUUGUGGCGUGGCUGGCGUAAAAAUCUUGGCAGCGUCCAGUUCUUGCAUCAGUCGUGUGUACAACUCGUCCGCGUUGAACGCGAGUUGCUUGUUCGCUUGCCGUCGUUGGUACGAGAUUACGAUUUGAAGCAUGAACGCAUUCUCUUCGUCAUAUUCGAGCUACGUCCAACAUGGCGUGCGUCACCACCACGAUCCAAGCCGCCGCACACGCACCUGGACGGUCGGGACGGUCCCGCCCCAUUCCUUUUGGAACUGUUCGCUCCACAUGACCUUGGCG